AUAAAGCGACCACAUUCUCCGAAAACGCGUUGCCUUUGGAAUUUCUAUAUUAAAUGUGUUUAAUUAACUAGAAAGUAUUGUAUUCAGUACUAUGAAUCUCAGAUCAUUUUUCGUUGCGCUCAGCCGCAUUUUUGUGCUCCAGACGAUAGCCGCCGAAGCGCCCGCACUCACAGCCAAGGUUGCCAGCGAUCGUUUUGCCUUAAAACUCUCCACCGCGCUUGGCGUACAGUUGCCGGCACAGAAUGUUGUCAUCUCGCCAGUAUUGGUGCAAGCCAUUUUGACGUUGCUCUCCUACGGCGCCAAUGAUGUAGAGGCUGCAACAUUGCGCGCUGCUUUGCACUUGCCACAAACGGAGACAAAACAAACUGCAACACUAAAUAUGUCACUCCUUUUAAGCUCAGUGAAAAGGCGUGCUCAACACAGCGCGCGCUUGCUGAGCGCCAUCUAUGUACAAGAGCAUGUGAUGUUCAAAUUUCAAGACGAGUUCCUGGAAAUGUCGAAACAUUUUGAAACGCCUGCUGAAAUGGUUAAUUUCAAUCGCAAAACCAUUGAUGAACUAAACUACCAAUUCUUGAGGCAAUCGAACUACAGUUGCGGUCAAGUGCUCAAUUCAAAAUUGGCCGAAUUGGACGAUCGUUUUGUCUUAGCGACGGCGGCAAUAUUUCAUGCGCCAUGGGCGGUGGGUUUCAAUGUAAAGGAAACAGAGAAAUUAAAUUUUUUCACUGAUCGCGUUAACCAUAAAUUAGUCGAUUUCAUGUUUGUGACACACAAAUUUCGUUACGCAGAAUUGGCACAUUUGGACGCCAAAUUGGUGGAGUUGCCAUAUGCGAAUGACACGCUUAAACUUUGGCUAUUGUUGCCCAACAAAGUGGAUGGUUUGUUGGAGCUUGAGGAGCGGCUGCAACAUGAGGAUCUUAUAAAGCUCAAUGAGCAGUUGAGCGAACACAAAAUGGCUUUAACUCUGCCGAAAUUCCGUGUUGAAUACAACGCUGACCUCAAGGAGGCGCUUAGUGCGUUGGGCCUCGCACGCAUCUUUAAUGGUGAAACGAAAUUCACGCAUAUGUUCUCCUCCUUUUUCAAUACGCGCUCCCCAGCUGUGUCGAAUAUGCCACAUAGGGCAGUUUGGUGGGUAGAUGAAACCGGCGGUGCAAUCGAUGGCGAGUUUUCGAUCAGCGGAUUUUUUAGGCGCCCCAUGCAGCUGGUGGUGAAUCAUCCGUUUUACUUCUUGGUUAAGUCUGAAUUGACUAUUUUAAUGGCUGGGCACAUUGCAAAUGUUUGAGUGGAAUGAAGAAUGAAUAGGUCAUACGUAUGAAUAUAAACACUUGAAAUUCAAAA